CUUGGACUGUAAGCUUAGGUUUGUGUAACAUGAGUUGGAAGAUGAAAGAAAGACAGGCCAGGUUUCCUCCAUUGAUUUUGUUCCAUAUGCAAAGCUGGAAAAAUCCCAUUGAAGGCUUCAGAAUCGGAGAACAUCGACAUUUAUGGAUUUCUUGUUUCUUUUUUCUUUGGUUGAUGAACAUUUUUGGAUCAUAUCUGCUACCCUUUUCUAAUCUGGGCUUUCGUAGGGACAAGAAGGCAGCCGCCAACAAUCUACAUUUGUGGGGGCUAAUUGCUAAUUGGUCUGUGGUUUACCAAAAUAAUGAUUGACCUAAUCAAGGGUCAGUACCAAAAUUAAUACUAUGAAUUAAUCUAAGAAAUUUUGUUUAGCUAGCAGCAAAAUCGAACAGCGGAACCAGUAAAGGAAGCUAUCAAAUGAAGAUAAUGAAAAACUGAUUUAAGGAAUUCUGCUCAUAAUUAAAAAAGUUUCCUUAUUUUUUCACAGUAUUUUGGAGAAGGUAGUAGCCGUUGAGCUCUUUCCUAGCUUAGAACUCUAAGCCAUCAACAAAACCCGCUAUAUACAGGCAUUACAAACAAAAUCUUUGCAAGAAUCGUUCAAAAAGAUUCAGACCUUUUUUUCUGAAACAAAAUAUUCUAACAGAUCUUACAGAAUCCAACAAUGUCCAAUUCAACAAGAUGCGCAGCUUGCAGAUUUUUGAGAAGAAGAUGCCGUCAAGAUUGUGUCUUGGCUCCAUAUUUUCCUCCAACCAAUCCCCAAAGAUUUGCUUAUGUCCAUAAAGUCUUUGGUGCCAGCAAGAUUACUGAAUUGCUAAAGCAACUUCCGGUGCAUUUACGUUAUGAUGCAGCAGAGUGCAUGUCAAUUGAGGCAGCAUCGCGUGCAAGAGACCCAGUUUAUGGAUGUGUUGGAGUCAUAUCUCAGCUGCAACAACAAAUAAUUGAUGUUCAAUCUGAGUUGGUGAAGAUAAAGGGUAAAUUAGCAGUUCACAAUGCUCAGCAACAACUACAACUAGAAGAUGGAGAGAGGGCUAGUGAGCAGCAGCAAGAUGAACUUUUAUGGCUUGGUUCGACUCAACAUGACCCUUUGAAUUUGGAUCAACUGCUAAUCCAAGCAAAUGAUUACCAAAAAUCCCACUUUUAGUGACUUUCAUUUAGGAGUAAUCAAGUUGGUCUCCAUGAUUUAUAUGUUCAUUGCUGGUUUCCAGUGCAUUUUCAGUUUUCUUGCGUAAUUACCAAUGAUUAUGUUGGAGGGGACAAGAGAGAAAUGAUAUGGCUGCCGAGUACGGACUCAUCUGUACCAGUCCUGCUCUUAACUCGUUAUUGUUCCGGUUCAAUCUACUCCAUUGGACGUUGUUUUCAGUUGUUCUAAUAAGUACAUGAUUUUACCAAAAUCCCUUUCUUUUCAGCCAUUGAUUUAUACAAUCCACUUGCAGACCUCACUCAUCCAAAGUCUGCGAUUUUUCACGCAGUGAUCUCAGAAGAAUCCUCAGGCAAAACAAGCAGGUUACUUCAUUAGUGUGUUCACGCCCAGCCAAGUAAA